AGCACCACAGCAAGCAUCCCUACAGAGAGCACCCUGCUAUAGCACUCUCCUGGAGAACCUUCCUGGACACCUUCCUGGAUCAGCCUCCUGGAUCAGCCUCCUGAAUCAGCCUCCUGAUCUCCCAGCUGGAGCAUCACACAGUGGCAAUGGGACAUCUCCACUGAGGACUGUUUUAACCCCCCUCCCCCCUUCCCCAGAUCAGAAGCUUCCGCAGAUCCUCACACCACUUUCCCCGAAACCUCAAACACCGGACUGUCCCAUGCAACAGACUCCAUUCCUCCCAGCACACUGUGAAAUCUACAUCAUAUGAAUAACGAGGAUGGGGUCAGCAGCUGGGCUCUUGCUAAGGGACAUCACUUUCGUGUUCCUGCUCUUUUGUGAAGGAUCGGUGGCUCUCUACUUUCCCCAGAGGGUCUACAUGGAGAGCGUGUACGUGGGCCAGCAGGCGGGAAGCCCCGUGCUUCAGCUCCACGCGAUGGCCGACACCGAGCAGGAGAGGCCCCGCUUCUUCCUCUGCUGGAGCAACAUGCUGAAACCCCAGCACUACUCCUCCUGGUUCACACUGGAUGAGAACACGGGGAUCCUGUCCAUGAACAAAACCUUGGACUGGAGCGACUUCUCUGGGCUGACAGUAAAGAGCACCUCGGAAACGGUGAAACUUCUGACUCUGACGGCAGAGGCGGUCCCCAGGACCCACGGCUCCAGUGGCUGUGGGGGGAGCCUCAGUGUGCCCAUCUUAAUCUCCUUCAUCAGCGCCACAGUGCCAACCUGCAAUGAGACAAAACUGAGUAGGAUUUGCUACCCUGAAAAGGAGUUCAUCCCCCACAUCAUGGAGAACCGCCCACCGGGGCCUUUCCUUCAGCUCCAGCGCCUCACACAUAAAGACCUCUGUCCCAAUUUCACCAUCACCUACAAUAUUGAUUCAGUGACAGAGGUCCCGGCUCCAUUCAUGGUCAACGGGAACACGUCUGAGUUGGUGGUGACCAGUCGAUUGGAUCGUGAGGAGAAGGAAGUGUACAGCUUCGAUUUAGUCUGCACAGUGACGACAGAAUCGAAGCUCCACAGAUAUUUUGUUCCACUAGUGGUGAACAUCUAUGAUGAAGAUGACAGCCCACCAUAUGUGAAUGGAACUGACACAGAAGAGAUUGUAAUCGAGUUCAAUCGCAUGAAGGGUGCUGUUUUUGGCAAUCUGUUGGUUUACGACAAAGACACAACGCCAAUAUACCCAAAAGACCAAACUCAUAACAAAUUUGAAGGAAGGCUGAUGACAAACGACAGUUGGAUUAAGGAAAGAUUUUCCAUUUACCAUUCUUUUACUGAAGAGAAGCUCAUUUUUGGCAAUAUCCGUGGAACCGUUCACAAAUACCAAGUGAUUCUGAAGACGAAUAUUUUGGCAACAGAGAAGCGUUUCUUCCAACUGGACUACCUAGUUAAUGACACUACAUUUCCUGGGCCCAAGGCCACGCUGAUGCUUCAUUUCAACAUCACCCUCCGUCCUGUCUCCAUUCACUUCCCCAGCGCCACUUCACUGUUCACCGUAUCCCGCCAAUCUACUGCCUUUGCACAGAUUGGCAGGGUCUGUGUGGACAACUGUCUGAAGUUCCAUGGCAUCAGCGUCGUCUAUCGGCUGGUGCCAGCUGAGAAGAACUCUUCUGCGUUGGAAAGAUCUUGCUACACUGCUGUAGGCAUCACUCCAAGCUCCUCAGACAUCUCGGCAGUGCUCUACAUCAUCCACACUGAGCCAUUGCAACAGCCGGAGUGCCGGAAGCUGCACUUCACGCUUGAGGCCCAGGAGAAGAAAACACAACUCCAGGCCAAGACAGAGCUUGUCAUCCAGUUCAAUGGCAACCUGAAAAAGCAGAGCCUGGAGGAUGAUUGUCCGCUCUCCUGUGCCAAGCAUAGGCGGCGCUGGCCGUGUGAAACUUGCGGGGGCCUCGGGGCGCCUACGGGGAGAUGCCAGUGGAGACAAGGCAAUGGAAAAGGAGUAUCAAAAAAUUACUCAACCUGCUCUCCUGACCUCCGGACAUGUCCAGAUGGACAUUGUGAUGUCAUUGAAAGAAAAGAUAUGUCUAUAUGUCCCCAGGACUGCACAACUAAACCCAUCAUUGGAGGCCACGAGAAAGGUCUUCUGCAGGGGAUAGGUGCCGGCUUUGGAACCUGCUACUGCACUGACAAGUGCUUCUGUGAAAACGACAAUUUUGUAGAGCCCAUGUGUGACGAUGUCUGCAAGACAAUCAUCGCAUCGGCAGUCCUGCUAUCCUUUAUCAUCUCUGUGCUGCUGUCCUCCUACUUCAUUCAUCGCUGCCACAAGAAAUCCCCCAAACCUCCUAUUGCCUCGGCCGAGAUGACCUUCCGCCGCCCUGCCCAAUCCUACCCCAUCAGCUACUCUGCCAAUAAUGUGCGCCGGCCUUCACUUGACUCCAUGGAGAACCAGGUCGCCAUCGACACCUUCAAAAUACCAGAGGAUCCCAAAUGGGAGUUCCCACGAAAGAACUUGGUUCUUGGUAAAACCCUGGGAGAAGGGGAGUUUGGCAAGGUUGUCAAGGCCACGGCCUUCCGGCUGAAGGGUAAAGCCGGAUACACCACAGUUGCUGUAAAAAUGCUUAAAGAAAAUGCCUCUCAGAGCGAGCUCCGGGACCUUCUCUCCGAGUUCACCUUGCUGAAGCAGGUCAACCACCCCCACGUCAUUAAAAUGUACGGCGCUUGCAGCCAAGACGGUCCAUUGUACUUGAUUGUUGAGUAUGCAAAGUAUGGGUCCCUGCGAAACUUUCUGCGGGAGAGCCGGAAAAUAGGUCCCAGCUACAUGGGCAAUGACAGCAACCGCAACUCCAGCUACCUGGAGAACCCCGAUGAGAGGGUGCUCACCAUGGGCGACCUAAUCUCCUUCGCUUGGCAGAUCUCCAGGGGCAUGCAGUAUCUGGCUGAAAUGAAGCUUGUUCAUCGUGAUCUGGCAGCCAGGAACGUUCUGGUAGCAGAGGGUCGGAAGAUGAAGAUUUCUGAUUUUGGAUUAUCCCGGGAUGUGUAUGAGGAAGACUCCUACGUGAAGAGGAGCAAGGGCCGAAUCCCUGUGAAAUGGAUGGCCAUUGAGUCAUUGUUUGACCACAUUUAUACCACACAAAGUGAUGUCUGGUCAUUUGGGGUGCUGCUUUGGGAGAUAGUGACACUUGGAGGAAACCCUUACCCAGGCAUCGCCCCAGAGCGCCUCUUCAACCUUCUCAAGACUGGGUACCGGAUGGAGAAGCCGGAGAACUGCGCUGAAGAAAUGUAUAACCUGAUGCUCCGCUGCUGGAAGCAGGAGCCAGACAAGCGACCAACAUUCUCAGAGAUCAGCAAAGAGUUGGAAAAGAUGAUGGUGAAGAGCAGAGAUUACCUGGACCUCGCAGCCUCCACGCCUGCAGAUGCCCUGCUGUAUGAUGACACGCUCUCAGAAGAGGACACUCCUCUUGUGGACUGUAAUAAUGCUCCCCUCCCUCGCACCCUUCCCUCCACGUGGAUUGAGAACAAGCUCUAUGGCAUGUCAUACCCGACCUGGCCUGAGGAGAGCCCGGUACUGCUCAACAGACUUGAUGGCACUAACCCAGUCUUUACAAGAUAUGCCAAUGAUAGCGUUUAUGCAAACUGGAUGGUUUCGCCUUCAGCGGCUAAAUUAAUGGACAAGCUCGAUAGCUAAACCAAAUCGAAACAUGCGCUAAGUCUCACAAUGUGUAAAUGUGUAUAUUUAUACAUAACUGUGUAUAUACCCUGUGGUGCUAAAGCCGAUUCCCCUUUCAUUUCUGUAGCACGGGCAUUCCAAGUGGAAGCCGCUAGGAUAACAUAAGGCUGUCAGCUGCAAAUAAUGGUUAGAAUUAAGUAUGUCUGGCUUGAAGCAGCGCGCCAGUGUGAUUAGUCAUUACCUCGAGGCCAUGUUGUACCUUUGCAUGACUGUGGUAUUUCAAUUUCAGUGUACUUUCUCAUGCCUGUGCUGCUUUUGCGAUAGCCUCCAGUUAUCAGUGUAUGGUUCAGAGGAACGUUUGUUCACUUCAGGAAUUAAAGGGGACUUCUUUACCAUCCUUUCUUGUAUACAUUCGCAUCCCGAUGGACAGGGAGUUGAUGCAAAGUGCUCAGUCUAAGAAUCAGCAAAGUGUCUCGACAAGACUGUUCUUCUAAGUGCCAUUUUCCUUUAGUUUUAAUCAUGUUUUCCAAGAAUUUGCAAUAGACAGCCGUGUGAGUAGAAGAAAUUGUUUUCUUAACACAAUCACUGUCAAGCAUCCAUGGUGAGGGCAGGAAAAAAAUGUCUACUAGCACAUUGUAUGUCAAGUUGAGGAUUUACCCUAAACACCUGAGUUUUUAGUACCUUGUAAUGGCUUUCGGGGUUACUGGAAAUUAUUAGAAGAAACAAGCUGGUGUAAUUAUUCAUUAUGUUGUUCAAACAUGAUUAUGUUUCAAUCAAUAAAAUCUUGAAAGGCUUGUGUGGUC